AUGAGGCUUACUUGUGGCUUCCUGAGGACUGGAAGGGACGUGGCCGUCAACCACAUAGCGUGCUUGCUGCAGAAUCGCCUUGCGGGUUUCUUCGCGCGCGCCGUCACCGCCACCGCUGCUGCCAUUGCAGCCAGCGCACGGCUGCUGCGCCUUAACCACCCGCUCCACAUCCUCGACGGCCGUUGCGCUGCCGUUCAACCCCGCGCCUCCGCAAGGUCCUUACCCGCGGGACUGUCACCAUUCGCGUCAUGCACGCGGAGCACGGCACGCUGCCGUGGAAACGACUCGGCGCGACGGGACUUGCCGCUCUCAGCAGCCCCUCUGGAAGGCCACAGGAGUUCCGCCGCGACGGCGGCGGCGGCGGCGGCAGCAGCGGUGACACAGAUGUCGACGCCGACGGCGGCGGCGCCCUCUUGGCGCUACUACACUGGCUCUACUGCGACGUGCAGCGCGCGGUAUAAAAUACACGGUUACGAGCCCUGUGACCUGCGGCCGGACUGGCAAGCCCUCGUAGGACGUCUGGCCCGUACCUGCGGCCAGGGCGCGUACAUGGCGGGGUCGUAUGUACGACAGGGAUGCGUUGAGCUGACGUUGGAUUUCCUCGUCGCGGCCGGGGGGCCCAGGGCGCCUGCGGGCAUCGCCAACGGCAGCAGCCUUGAUAACAACGACCUGCACUCCGUGAAGCCGCCGCCGUGCCCGUACGGCAGAGGGUCUGACGUCAGAGGUGUGACCGACUCGGGGUCGAGCUUGGCACCCGACGCAGCGGAGAUCCUAAAAGCGCUAGGGCUUGAUGGCUGUAGCUCAGGUACUACUGUUACUACUAGUACUGCUACUGCUACUCCUGAUGGUUUUGGUGACACAUUGCCGGCGGCGGCGGCGGUGCCGGCGGCGCUGCCGUCACCGCAGGUGCAACUGCUUGGAAUGGAGCCCGCAGCGUCAGACGCGCCGCGGGUGGUGCAGCUAUGGCCGCGGGUGCUGGUGCUGCCGGCGGCGGCGGCGGCACCGCCGGGAGGGGGCGGACGGGCAGGGUUGCCUUCGCGGCGAUGUGCGGACGAGCAGCAGUUGGUGAGGGCGGAGGCCCCGGAGGCCUCGCCCUCCGCCGCGCAUGCGGAUGCCGACGGGGCCACCAUCCGGCAGGAGCAGGCGGCCUCGAGGGAGGUGCAGCUGGUGUGGGGCUCUGAGGAGGGGGAAGAAGGGGAAGACGGAUCGGACCAGGCAGCGACCGCAGGCAGGGCAACGGCAGCUGCAGCCGCGGCCACAGCUGCGCCGCUAGGCGGCGGUACGGUGCUGCUGCGGGCCAUUGUGUGUCGGCCGCCGCCGCCGCCGUGCACGUCGGGUCGAUGCAAGGGCGGCGGCCGAAUGAGGCCGCUUGAAGCCCCAGCCGUCUUUGCUCGUGGACAGGGGGAGAUACUCUCGACGCGUGUGCUGCGGUUCCAGCUUCGUGCUACUGCGGCUGUCAGCGACUCGUCGUCGCCUUUCAUCGCAACCUGCAGGAACGCCGCUGGGUCCCAAUCUGCCCCAAUGACCCACACUCGGGGAGGCCAACCUGGCAGCAGCGGUGGCGGCGAACACUAUGAGCUGGAGAUGCUGCUUGCCCAGCCACGGCGCGCGGGUAUCUUACUGGUGGAGGUAUCCUGGUCGAACCAGCCCGGUCACGUGAUGACACUAAUAGCGCUGCCCGCCACGGAAGCGGCGGUGGCGGCGGAGCUACAGGACCACGCCAUGGCGGCGGCAGCGCCGCCGUCGCAACCAUUGAGAGCGACGACGCCGGAGGCGGUGGCGGCAGCGGCGGCUCUGGAUGUCGCGCUUGCGCGGCGGCAGCAACGCCUACUGAACAGCUUCCUUCUGGACGCCGGGGUUUGGGCGGCGCAGCAGGCACUGGCGGCAGCGGCGGCGGCGGCUGAUGACGGCUGCGCCGCCGCUGAUAGUACUGCGAUGGAGCAGCUGCACCCCCGCCAGCGGGCGAUGCUGGGUACCAACCUGAUGUGCUUCGCGGCCCGUGCGGACCUUAAGGCAACGGAGGCGUGGCUGCUACGCGGCUUGUCGCAGCUGGAAACGGCGCUAGGUCGACGGGAGGCGCAUGAGGGCGCGGGUCGGAAGGCUGGAGGUACUCAUGCGGUCGUGGCGGAGGCGGAGGUGGCGGCGGCGGCGGGGGCGCCUCCGCGGGGCUGCAGCAGGGGCCAAGCAUUCGAAAUCCUCGCCCUCCUGACGCUCCUCGCCCGAGCGCGUGUCGACCUGCUCAGCGCCGCCAACAUCACGACGGUCAUGGGCGGCCUCCCUGGAGUCGUAUCCCUGUUGUCGUAUCUGCUGCUGCCGCGUCACGCCUGGGGCCGCGUCGUUCGCUGCAUUAAGGUCCCUCGCUACGGCGCCUACGUGGCGGUGAAGGCUGUUUCGAUGUUCCUCGACAGGCCACUGCCUCCGGGUGUGAGCUCCUACCACCACCUGGGCUUGGGUAGGGUGCUCCAUGAAGGACUGCUUCUGUCACUGGCGUGCUUGUACGCAGCUAAGCUCUGCGAAGCCAAGCGCAGCAUCAAAGCCGCAGCGUACUGGUCCAUCUUCGACGUGUUGCUCGUAAAAGGCGUUGUGAACCUCGUCUGCACCGUUUGCAACAAGUCCUAUAGCGCGAAGAACCCGUCAGCUGUCUGCCCGGAUCACUAUGCGAAGCACCAGAAGGACGUCGCCAGCGCGGUCGGAAGCGAGCAGUCCGGGGCGCCCACAACCAACAGCACGAAGUGCUCGCGCGCGGAGGAGGGGCCAGUUCGGACCUUCUUCCUCGCUGCAGUGCAAAUCGCCACCUUCCUGAAGCACCUGGCUCUUUUCUUCUUCAAGUGCAACAUCGCCCUCCAACUGAGGCCGGCAGAACAGAGCCCGACAGCUUUGCAUCCCAAUGCGGGCGUGUCCCGCAUGUUGGCAUGUGUACUUUGGUGGUUCCGUUUGCGGUUGGGCCGACGGUUGGGCCGCGGGGCGCCUAAUUACACCCCGUGGCGCCAUCCGACACGCGUCUGUAGAGCGCCCAUAGGGGUUCGCCGUGUUCCCAGUGUCGAGCGGCCCAAAACAUUAUUGGAAAAUCCAGGAAAAGAUAAAGCCGCAUCGUAUGCAAAAUUUCAGGUCAAAAUUCCACCGUUUAGGCAGUUUUCCGUUUGGCCAUCUAAAGAUUUACCUAAUUAG